AUGUGUACUCCUCCGGAACGCAAGUUACCGCUCGCCGCGCCCGGACAUCGCGUGCUGCGCAUGCGGGAGCUCUUCGACACGUACGUCAGGCCGCUGACGCAGCUGCCGGACGGCGGCGGCGUGCUGCUGCCGCAGGCACAGGUGGAGACGUGGAUGCCGGGCGUGGGGUGGCUGCCGAUGGCGUUUCGAGUCCCGAAAAACAAAGUACCGGGCUGCUUGUUUUCUCAGUACGGGGCGGCACACAGGCUGCAACGACCGCAGCGAUCGGGCUCGGACGCGCCUCCGCAGGCCUCGAGCGACGACGUUGCGGACGACGCGGAUGCUUCUGGGAGCUCCCGCGACGGGUCGUCUUCGCCGUCGCCGACGCGUCGCAGAGGGCGCGGAGGGUGCGAGGCUGACUCCCGGACGGACAGCGGCGCUGACCUCUCCCCGACGUCUUCCCCGUCGCCGACGCAAGCGAUCGCGCUCCGCACGCGGGCGCGCGAGAACGCGGGUGACGGCGGCUGUGGCGAGGUGCCGAGCACAGGACAUGUGCGUCAUGGACCAAGCGAGGCACAGACGACAGCGAGAGGUCUCGAGCGGCCCAGAAACACCCCGGGGGGUGUUCCUUUCAUCGACAGUAAUCAAGGAGCUGCCAGACUCUUCGCGCUGACCUUCAACACCACGCGUGCGGACGUGAUCCUGGCGCUGGUGGGCAGCGGAGAGCUGCCGGGGCUGAAGCGGAAGUACAGGGAUACGGCGGGGCGCGCGCCGGGAGCUCUCGACGCGUGCGUGAGGGCAGUGCGAGACGUCAGUGUCUUGUCCGACCGGCAACUCGGUGCGCGGGCGAUCAUCUCAAAGGUGUCUAAGAUCGCCCGCGCCCUGCGUCAGCUCGCAGAGGCCCGUAUGCGCAAGGCAGCGCUGGGCUUUACUGUCAAGGGUGCAGACGCCCGAGCACGAGGGAGCCGGCCGGCAUUCCGUCGCGCCGACAACGCCGAGAGCGCCCGGCUGUGUCCGGCCACUGACGCAGCGCACCUCGCGUCGUUCAAGCGGCUCGUUCUGCGCCGGGAUGGGCGGCUGCAGCUCGGCGGAGGGUCCCUGCUGCACUGUCUCGCGGCGACGUGCGUCGACGCGAUUCCCGGGUACGGUGCUCUGCUGGCUGACUCGGUUGAAGGGCAGGUCCGACUGACGCCGGGGCUGCUGGCCGGCGUGCUCGUCGAGGCGGAAGACAUGUGCACCCCGGUCGGCGAGAAGCUGCCGUCGGGCCGCAGCAAGUACCUUCCUCGCAUGUUGCGGAUGCGCCACAUGUACGACGCGCACGUGCGCCCGCUCAUGUCGCUCCCGGACGGCGGCGGCGUGCUGCUGCCGCAGGCGCAUGUGGCGGCGUGGCUGCCGGGCGUGCACUGGGUGCCGGCGGCCUUCCGCGUGCCGGAGGACGAGAUCGCGCUCUGCUCUGUCGGAACAACUCUUGUCAAGACGGUUAAGGGACGGCGCAAGCGCCAGCGCAGCGCUGAUGACGACGACAGCUCCCACGGCGGCGCCGGUGCACAGCAGCUACCACAGCAGCGCCGGAAGCGGAGGCGCGCAUGA